AUGAGGGUGUGGUCAUGGGAACAGUGUGGGGAGACAGGCGUGGUCCUGCUCGGCUUCCUGACGCUGGCCAUGUCUGUGGGGAACCUGUCCACCCGGGGGCUGCAGGAGGAUGGCGUGGCGUCCAACAGUCUGGAGGAGGAGCUGGAGGUGACCACUUACUGGUGGGGGGAGUGGGCCAAGUGGACAGCCUGCACUCGUACCUGUGGAGGGGGAGUGAUGUCACAGGAGAGACACUGCCUCAAACAGAGAAAGAAAGUCACUGCUGGAAAGGACAAUAUGACCUGCACAGGAACUGCUAAGAAAUAUCAUCUCUGCAACACUAAAGAUUGCCCUGCUACUGGGAGAAGCUUCAGAGAGGAGCAGUGCUGGUCUUUCAACUCCCAGCUUUACAAUGGGAGGAACUACCAGUGGAAACCUCUAUAUCCUGAUGACUACGUUCACAUCUCCAGUAACCCCUGUGACCUUCACUGCACCACCACUGACGGCCAGAGGCAGCUGAUGGUGACAGCACGAGAUGGUACCUCCUGCAAGUACAGCAGUUACCACGGCGUCUGCGUGGAUGGUAAGUGUGAGCCAAUCGGGUGUGAUGGAGUACUGUUUUCCUCCAACACCUUGGAUAAGUGUGGGGUCUGUCAGGGUGAUGGCAGCAGCUGCAGCAGAGUGACCGGCAACUUCCGCCGUGGGGCCACAACUCUGGGUUACUCUUUUAUUACUCAAAUUCCUGAAGGGUCAUGGGACAUCCAGAUCAUUGAGAGGAAGAAGUCAGCUGAUGUUCUAGCUGUGACUGACCAAGCAGGCAACUUCUUUUUUAAUGGGGCCUACAAGGUGGACAGUCCCCAGAACUUCCAUGCAGCAGGAACUGUUUUCAAGUACCGCCGGCCCAUGGAUGUGUAUGAGACUGGGAUUGAGUACAUCGUCGCCAAAGGCCCCAUCGACCAGGCCAUCAAUAUUCUGGUGUGGAACCAGAACGGACGCACGCCUUACAUCACAUAUGAAUACACGGUCCUCCGAGACUCCUUGCCACCGGUACCACCUCCACCUGUCUACACCGGAUCAGAUACCUCGGCUGGAGACAUUUCUGUGGAGGUGGGAGGUCUGCUGGCUGCUAACAGCAGUAUUUAUGCUCAGAUGGCCCCUGAACGUCAGCUGGAGUCAGGAGGCAUAGAGGGACAAAAGGGCCAAGAGACCAAUGAGGUAUAUGAGGAGGCAGCGGCCAUAGACUGCGACCAGGAUGGAGCAGCUGCCCCAAAAUAUUCAGAAGGAACUGGCAACCAUACAGGCAGCACUGCCAACCCUGCCCCUGCUGGUGGGCCCCUGGACACGGGGCCAGACUCCCCAAAUCUCAUCUGGAGGAUCCUGCUGGAUGGCCGAAUUAGCCCCGAUGAACUUCUUAUUAACAUCUCAACCAACCAGCUGCUGACAGGGGGAGAUGGAUUGUUUUCGUCAGAGGUGGGAACAGUCGAGGUGGGCCUGAGCAGCCUGGAGCAAGACGGACCGUUUGGUGUCAAUGAGACACUGGAAUUUACUCUGGGUAAAAAACGCAACGACAGUGGAGACAGUUCCUACCAGAACAAAACAGUGCAGAGUGGUGGGAGGACCUCUAGCCGCUCCAACAGAACCAGGGGAAAUCAAAGGAUCUACCAGAAGAACCUGAAGCUGAGUGCUGCUGACAUGUACCGUUGGAAGCUUUCCUCUCAAGAGCCCUGCAGCAUGACCUGCUCUAUAGGAGUGUCCAAGUCCUUUGUCACGUGUGUCCGCUAUGACGGCGUGGAGGUGCAUGAUAUGUACUGUGAUGCGCUGACCCGACCAGAGCCUGUCCACGACUUCUGUAUCGGGAGGGAAUGUCAGCCCAGAUGGGAGGCGAGCAGCUGGAGCGAGUGCUCGAGGACCUGUGGGGAGGGGUUCCAGUUUCGUCAGGUUCGCUGUUGGAAGAUGCUCUCGCCAGGCCUGGACAGCUCGGUUUACAGUGACCUCUGCACCAUGGCCGAACUGGAGAGACCUGUUGAGAGACGGGCCUGCAAGAGCCCCGCCUGUGGACCACAGUGGGAGGUGGCCGAGUGGACCGAGUGUCCCGCUAAAUGUGACCUCAAAGCCCAGGUGACCCGUGAUGUCCGCUGCUCUGAUGAGACCAGACCAUGUGACCCAAUGACCAAACCACCAAACAUCAAAAACUGCACAGGUCCUCCCUGUGGACGCCAGUGGACCAUGUCCGAGUGGGGGCCUUGCUCGGGGUCCUGUGGCCUGGGGAAGAUGAUGCGUCAUGUGUACUGUAAGGCUCCAGAUGGUCAUGUGGUUCCUGAGAGCCAGUGCUCUGCAGAGGAGAAGCCGCUAGCCAGCCACCCCUGUGGGGACAGAGACUGUCCUCCACACUGGCUAAGCCAAGACUGGGAGAGGUGUAACACGACCUGUGGUCGUGGCGCAAAGCGAAGGAAGGUCCAGUGUGUCGGCAUCACUGAAGGAAUGUUCAAGAACUUCAGCGAUGAGGCGUGUGAAGGAAGCGGGAAGCCUGAGGAGGAAACCACCUGCUUUGAGAGGCCAUGCUUCAAAUGGUAUACAACCCCCUGGUCUGAGUGCACUAAGACGUGUGGUGUGGGUGUGAGGAUGAGGGACGUGAAGUGUUACCAGGACAGGGAGCUGGUCCGAGGCUGCGACCCCCUCACCAAACCGGUGCCCAAACAGACCUGCAACCUGCAGCCCUGCCCCACUGAGCCUCCAGAUGAGAGCUGCCAGGAUCGUCCCUCCACCAACUGCCUGCUGGCACUGAAGGUCAACCUGUGCAGCCACUGGUACUACAGCAAGGCCUGCUGCUACUCCUGCCGUGCCAUACGACCUCCACCCUCUUAGUCCAGGACAGCACAGCCCCCCUCCGCCCCGACUCUAACUCCAACAUGAGGGAAAAAAUGGGUAUGUUUAUGUACACAUACAGUCACUGUGAACAGUGAGAGGGAGUUGAAAGUUGGUAGCAGCGUUUCCACCAGUAAGUUGGACUUAAAUGUUUCAUUUGUGGGAUAGAUUUAUUCAUCUAAGAUAAAAACAAUUUGUUAUUCCUGUUGAAGCAACAUUAGCUAUAAUAUUUGUCAUUUAUUUCAUUUUUCUAUGAUCUCUUUUGUAGUUUGUUUUUCAAAACAAAAUGUAAUUGUUUGUUUCUGGUUUAUUAGUGAAGAAUAUAGAAAGCACUGCUCUAAAAGCAGUUUUUAUUUUGAGGGAAACAACUAAACGUUUUGAUGAGUUACUUCUUGUGCGAAGAGAAAGACAUUUUAAACACUACAGUGUGCAAACCUAGUGGCUUCUGAAACCAUUCAAAACAAAAAAGAUUCAGGAACCAUAGAAUGUAUUCAGUUAAGAAAAUGACUUUUCUUGUUUUCAAGAAAUCAUUUCCUGGUCAUCUCCAAUAUUAUUUCUAAUCCUCGUGCCGGCCCCAAGCCCCAUCCUGAGUCCCACAGCUGCCCCUCCCCUCACUCCUUCACAUCAUCACAGAAUCUCAUAAUCUUUAAGCUGUUUCUCAACCAAAAAGGCAGUUGUUAUUAACCACAUGUGGAGUUGGAGACAAAGUGGAGUCAACACUCAAAUGGUUUCAUAGACCUCCAUCAUCAGUUAGCAGCAUGUUAUUGUUCUGUUCAUUGCUGCAAUGCAAGGGUGUAUUUAAUCAUUUCUAAACAGAAUAUACUGCAUGAUCAGAAUAUUUAAUACAGAUACUGUUUAUGAAGUAUUAUUUAAUUGUGUUUCAGUUUGGUGUCUGGCAUGUAAAAAGUUUAUAUUCACAUUACACUUGCCAUUUGGCGCCAUGCUGGUACGCCUGCAGGAUAUGGAAGCAUAUUUAUUACUCAUAGCACAUUUUCAUUUAUUGUGACGCUCCUGAUGCCAGCUGAUGGUUAAUCAUCAGGUCAACUGAUGCCAGUUCUGGUCUGUGUUUGUGACAGAGGAGGGAGUUAAUCCAAACACAGAAAGAAACAUUCCUGACACUUGAAGUAAUGUUGAAAUGUAGUCAGACAUGUACAUGUAUGUCUCAUUUUUAACUAAUGUGUACUUUUAUGUAAAUGAUCAGCCCAGUCACCAGAAGAAAAUAUUGUCAUUGCACAUUUCUGCAAGCCACUGAUUUGUUAAAUUUGUACAUUUCACACAUAUCAUAUCAAUGUUACAUAUCAUAUUAUCUUCACAUUACAUGUAGAAGAGCUGACUUUCUCAUCAAGAGGAGGGGAUGCAGUGGCAUGAAAUCUAGGCCUAAGAGAGCACUGUUUAAGACCACUUAAGCCAACAUUUUGCAACCAUCGUUGUGGCAACAAACUGAGUAUUUUUAACGAGAUAUCUGCUAAACCAGGUAUCUUAAAACAAAACCCUUUACCCAACCCUAACCAAGUGGUUUUUGUGCCUCAAUCUAACCAAACCUUAAGCAAAUUAGUAUAAAACUGAAAAUUGGAAUGUAAAGCCAUGUAAAGUUGAAAUGUAUCGUUUUAACAUGUCUGCACUUUGUAGAAACGUACAGUGCCAACAUUUAUUUUAGCAACUUGGUUGAACUGAUACCUCUUUGUGCAAAACUAAGUAUGGGAAUUGUGUACUGUUAAUAAUAAACAGAAAACUUAAUGGUACUGACUUGUAUUUCAAUAAAAUA